GUGACUCGCAGCCGCUGCGGGGACUCUGGCUCCAGGCUCCUGGCGAGAUCCCCGAGCCCCGGCGGCUGGUGCUGGGAGCCCGGAGCCCGGGCUGCAGCCGGGAGAGGGGAAUCUCCAGCAGGGCCCUUCCCGCUGCUCCCCAGGAGCCUCUCCCAGGGCAGAGCCCCCAGCCCGGCCAGGCCCCUUCCCGGCCCGGCCCCUGCCCCAGGGGGCCCCGCUCGGAGGGAAGACAGGCUGAGGAAUCACAUCCACGUUUCGCUCCAUCUUCCAGGAGACGGAGAAGGGAAAUGGCUGUGAUGGAGCCAGCUCAGAUGCCGGUGACCUUUGAGGAGGUGGCUGUGUAUUUCACCCAGGGGCAGGGGACUCUGCUGGAUCCCGCUCAGAGAGCCCUCUACAGGGACGUCAUGCAGGAGAAUUACGAGAUGGUGACCUCGCUGGGAUUUCCCAUUCCCAAACCUGAACUGAUCGCCCGGCUGGAACGAGGGGAAGAGCCGUGGGUGCCCGAUCUCCAGGCCUGCGAGGAAAGAGAGAUCCCGAGAGGCGACCGCACAGCAGGUGAUGAGAGAGUGAGUGAGAAUGAAGAGGAGAAUCAUGAUGCAGAAGUUUCUGGUAAGGUGGAACCACAGGAAACCUUUAUGGGAAGUGCUGCAUGGAAUUUUUCCCAGUGCUUGGAACAGGGAGAAGCCUGGGCAAAUCGGCAGCAGUCAGAGAGGCUGCUGGGAAACCACCCAUGGAAGAAAGUCUGUGAAUCUAUUAACUGUAUGAGAGGAGACAGGGAUCCCAGACCGCAGCUGACAAACCCCAAGGAAGAGACACCGUGGCACUGCCUGCAGUGUGGGAAAAGAUUCAUCCUGAGCGCACAGCUUGUAACACAUCAGACAAUCCAUACUGGAGAGAAACCCCUUCAAUGCUUGGACCAUGGGGAAAGCUUCAAUAACCCCUUAGACCUUAAUAACCAUGAGGCAUGCCACACAGAAGAGAAACCCGUUCAAUGCCUCCAGUGUGGGAAAUGUUUCAUUUGGAAGUCAGAAAUAAUUACAUAUCAUAUAAGCCACACAGGAGAUAGACCCCGUAAGUGCAUGGACUGCGGGAAAAGUUUCAUACAGAGGUUAGACCGUGAUAAACAUCAGAGGAUCCACACAGAAGAGAGACCUCACAAGUGCAUGGACUGUGGGAAACGUUUCAGACGGAGGUCAGCCCUUUUUAAACACCAGGCAUUGCACACAGGAGAGAGACCCCAUAAGUGUUUAGUCUGUGGAAAAAGUUUCAUAUGGCGAUCAGACCUUGUUAAACAUCAGGCAUUCCACACAGGAGUAAGAUCCCAUAAGUGUUUAGUCUGUGGGAAAAGUUUCAUACGGAGGUCAGACCUUGUUAAACAUCAGAGAAUCCACACAGGAGAGAGACCCCACAAAUGCAUAGACUGUGGGAAAAGUUUCAUCCAGAGGUCAGACCUUGAUAAACAUCAGAGAAUCCACACAGGAGAGAGACCUCACAAGUGUGUGGACUGUGGAAAAACUUUUAUACAGAAGGCAGCCCUUGUUAAACAUCAAAGAAUUCACACAGGAGACAGACCCCAUAAGUGCUUGGACUGUGGGAAAACGUUCAGAAUCACAUCGGCCCUUGUUUUACAUCAGAAAAUCCACACAGGAGAAAGCCCCCAUAAGUGCUUAGACUGUGGAAAAAGUUUCAUAUGGAGAUCAGACCUUGCUAAACAUCAGAAAAUCCACACAGAAGAGAGACCUCACAAAUGUGUGGAGUGUGGAAAAAGUUUCAAACAGAGGUCAGACCUUGCUAAACAUCAGAGAAUCCACACAGGAGAGAGACCCCACAAGUGUGUGGACUGUGGAAAAAGUUUCAUACAGAGGUCAGCCCUUGUUAAACAUCAGAAAAUCCACACAGGAGAGAGACCCUAUAAGUGCUUAGAAUGUGGGGAAAGUUUCAGAAUCACAUCAUCCCUUGUUAAACAUCAGAGAAUCCACACAGGAGAAAGCCCCCAUAAGUGCUUAGACUGUGGAAAAAAUUAUGUACGGCGGUCAGACCUUAUUAAACAUCAGGCAGUCCACACAGGAGAGAGACCCUACAAGUGCUUAGACUGUGGGAAAAAUUUCGUACGGAGGUCAGACCUAAUUAAACAUCAGAGGAUCCACACAGGAGAGAGACCCCAUAAGUGUUUGGAAUGUGGAAAAUGUUUCACACACAGAUCACAUCUUAUAGCACAUCAGAGGAUUCACACAGGAGAGAGACCCCAUAAGUGCUUGGACUGUGGGAAAAGUUACACACAGAGAUCACACCUCACUAAACAUGGGAGAAUCCACACUGGAGAGAGACCCUAUAAGUGCUCGGACUGUGGGAAAAGUUACACACAGAAAUCACACCUCACUCAACAUGGGAAAAUCCACACAGGAUCCAAACUUCUGUGACACGUGACCCAGAUUCAACCUUUAGACACAUAUUAGAAAUGUGUGUAAAUGCUAAUUAGCACCAUUCCACAUUAGAUAAGAUAGAGCUUUGAAAUGUAAACUUUUAUGGUUAAAGAAUUGGAAGAAGCUAGUAAUUGUAAUAGUUUACGUUUACUUACAUCUUGUUAGAGGUUAACAGUGUAACUAAAGGGUUCCUGUCUAGAGUUGUAUUUUGUUAAGUCUGAGAUGGGAAGGAAAUAUUAACAUAUAGAUAAAAUUUGGGUGUAAUAAGAUCGUUGUCUACAUGUCUCUGUAAAGUUUGUGGUAAACUGUUUAUUAACUGCUCUGUGGAUAUUUACCUUAUUUUAGUCUAUGUAAUUAAUUACCAGUGUUGUUUAAGAAAAAGAAUAAAUGGACACAAAUCUGACAUCAGGAAUCAUAACAUUCAAAAACAUCUGUUAGUCUUAAAGGUGCCUCUGUUGCUUUAUUCAAAAACCAGUGGAAGAAGACUUCAACCUCUCUAACCACUCAUUGACAGACUUCAAGGUGGCAAUUUUGCAACAAAAAAACUUCAAAAAGAGACUCCAAAGAGAGACUGCUGAACUUGAAUUAAUAUGCAAAUUAGAUACAAUUAACUUAGGUUUGAACAGAGACUGGGAAUGGUUGGGUUAUUACACUAAUUGAAUCUGUUUCCCCAUGUUAAAUAUCAUCACACCUUCUAUGGGUCAUCUCGAUUAUCACUUCGAAAGUUCUUUUUCUCCUGCUGAUGAUGGCUCAUCUCAAUUGAUUGGCCUUUUACAGUUGGUAUGGCUACUCCCACCUUUUCAUGUUCUCUGUAUGUAUAAAUAUAUUCUUGCUGUAUGUUCCAUUCUAUGCUUCCAAUCAAGUGGGUGGUAGCCCACGAAACCUUAUGCUCAAAUAAAUUUGUUAGUUUCUAAGGUG